ACUGGUGUCUGCUCCAUACCACUGCUCCCCUCCUCGGGCCCCUCAGAAGCCCCCUCAUAUGAAGCAUUGUGGGAAGAGAGGAGAUGCCUCGGAGCAGCUGGUAGUUUUGAGGAGGGGGGUCUCACCAUAUCCUGCAGAGCGAGUAGCUCUAAGGUGACAUUUUAGACAGCUCCGAAUCUGCCCAUGGGACUCCCCACUUGGCCUCCUCCCCACCCCCGACCCCGCCACGGCAGCUCCUUCCUUCCUCCUCCCUCCUUCCUCACCUUCUCUUUGGAGACACCUGUCCCCUGCACCCUAAGCUUGCCUUCUUUCAAACAUCAGCUCCUGCCUUGUCAGGAAGCAAAGACUUUUCCAAACGAGCACGUCCUCUCUCCUCUCAUCAUGCCAGCUAGUGGAGCGGGGACAGUCCUGUGGCUCGGGAACAAUCCGACAGCACCUAGGAUACGAAGUAUGCGUAACUCUGUGGCGUCCCACAGGCAGCUCCCACGCAGGUCUACAGGAGCCUUCACGAGGAUGGUUCUCGAAGUGUUGUUUAUGGCAGAGUAGUGUAGGAUUAAAUCAGCAGUCCAGUGUCAGGCGGACAGAUAGGUGUGAGCCACGUGGCCGUCAGGAGCCAUGAGCAAGGUGACACAUCAUCCCCGGGAGAUCCUAAGAAUAUGGUGCUGAGUAAAGAUGAGCAGCACAUGGGCUCGUAACAAACUUAUGAGCUGAACGUGAAUAUGAAUGUAAACAGCUGGCGAACCGAGACGCACCCAUUCCUUGCUCAAGCAAAGAAGCACCUCUAGCUGAAGAGACCGUUGUCCUUCACUGGCAUUCGAUUCACCCUACUGAUUCUCGGCCAUCUCCCUAUCCUGGCUCAUCGUGGUUGACUUCUCCGUCCACUGCAGUUCAGGCCUGCGGCAUCUGAUUGCUCUGACCAACCAAACGUCACAGGAAGCGAUGUGUGUGUGACUUCCGGGAGGAAGCUUUAAGAGCCCAUUGCCCGCCCCGGAUGCCUCUCCAUCACUCCCACCAUGUGGAAGGCUGCUCUUGAAAUGCUGUGUAUUAACGUCCCAUUGCUGCAGGCCCCCAGUGCCCGGAUUCCACUCCUCCAUUCUCAACUGUGCAGUUUAUUGCAAAAUUUAACAAGACUUUAUGGAAGGUUCUGGAACAGUGGAAGGGAAGUGCAACACAGAGCACAACCCAAUGGUUACCUCUGAAGCCUCAGGAUCGCAGGAUCUAGUUGUGGCCAGUGCACCCAGAAAAGAAAGGUAUCAUGGGAAACAUGGAUUUUGCAAGGGCCGAAAGGGCACCGCAAACCCGGGUUAAAGUCAACGGACACAAACAUACAGCCUGGGUAGAUAUUAUGCAAAGUGGCACAAAGGAGGCAGAGAGAUGGCUACACCCUGGAGGGGUAAGGUUCCUGUGGGGGGAGAGAGAGGCGCAGAAGUGGCUAGUUCCCAGAUUUUAUAGGCCCCCAAUGGAUACCAUGUUGGAAGCCAGACUCCAGACCAAGCAGAGGAACACCCAGAACAGCCGGGAGACCAGCUUGUGGUCCUCAGGCUGUGGGAUGAAACUGGAGGCUGUUACCCCAUUCCUGGGGAAAUAUCGCCCCUUUGUGGGUCGCUGCUGCCAGACCUGCACUCCUAAGAGCUGGGAGUCCCUCUUUCACAGAAGCAUAAUGGAUCUAGGCUUCUGCAACGUGAUUCUGGUGAAGGAGGAGAACACCAGGUUUCGGGGCUGGCUGGUUCGGAGGCUCUGCUGUUUUCUGUGGUCACUGGAGCAACACAUACCACCUUGUCGGGACACCCCAGAGAAGAUCAUGGAAAGAACUGGGGUGCAGAAUGUCAUCUCAGGGAGGGACCCAGGAGGGGCUGGAGAAGGCCGGGUGUCAGGCCUUGUGAAGAAAGAGGUACAGCGCAUCCUGGGCCAUAUCCAGGCUCCACCCUGCCCCUUCCUACUCAGACUAUUCAGCUGGGCGCUGCUGCGGUUCCUGAAAUGUGUCUUCCUGAACGUGCAGCUCCACAAGGGCCAGAUGAAGAUGGUCCACCAGGCCGCCCAGGCGGGCUUGCCGCUUGUCCUCCUCUCUACCCACAAGUCCCUCCUGGAUGGGAUCCUGCUGCCCUUUGUGCUGCUCUCCCAAGGCCUGGGUGUGCUCCGUGUGGCUUGGGAUCCCCGCACCUGCUCUCCCACCCUCAGAGCCCUGCUAAAGAAGCUUGGGGGGCUUUUCCUGCCCCCAGAGGCCAACCUCACCUUGGACAGCUCUGAGGGAGUCAUUGCAAGGGCCGUGGUCCAUGCCGCUAUAGAGCAGCUGUUGGUCAGCAAGCAGCCCUUGCUUAUAUUCCUGGAAGAGCCUCCUGGGGUCCUGGGGCCUCGGCUGUCAGCCCUGGGCCAAACCUGGCUGGGACUGGUGGUGGAGGCUGUCCAGGUGGGCGUUGUCCCAGAUGCUAUGCUGGUGCCAGUGGCCAUCACCUAUGAUCUGGUUCCAGAUGCACCCUGUGAUGCAUACCACGCCUCGGCCCCACUGGGGUUGUGGACAGGAGCUCUGGCUGUCCUGCGGAUCCUGCGAGGCUGGGGCCGCAGCCGCCCAGUCUGUGUCCGUGUUCACCUGGCCCAGCCCUUCUCCCUACAGGAAUACACCAUCAACGCUAGAAGCUGCUGGGGCAGCAGGCAGACCCUGGAGCAGCUGCUGCAGCCCAUCGUGCUGGGCCAAUGCACUGUUGUCCCAGACACGGAGAAGGAGCAGGAGUGGACUCCAGCAACUGGGCCCCUUCUGGCGCUCAAGGAAGAGGACCAGCUCCUGGUCAGGAGGCUGAGCCGUCAUGUCCUGAAUGCCAGCGUGAUGAGCUCGGCAGUGAUGAGCACGGCCAUCAUGGCGACACUGCUGCUCUUCAAGCACCAGAAGGGUGUGUUCCUGUCACAGCUCCUGGGGGAGUUCUCCUGGCUGACCGAGGAGACGCUACUGCGUGGCUUUGACGUGGGCUUCUCAGGGCAGUUGCGGUGCCUUGUGCAGCACACGCUGAGCCUGCUACAGGCACAUGUGACCCUCCUCCGCGUCCAUCAGGGGGACUUGCUCGUAGUUCCUCGGCUGGGUCCCGGCCUCACCCACCUGGCACAUCUGAGUGCUGAGCUGCUGCCUGCCUUCCUGAGUGAGGCUGUGGGUGCCUGUGCUGUCCGGGGACUGUUGGCAGGCAGGGUGCCGCCUGAGGGACCCUGGGAGCUACAGGGCAUCGAGCUGCUGAGCCAGAACGAGCUGUACCGCCAGAUCCUGCUCCUGCUGCACUUGCUACCACAGGACCUGCUGCUGUUACAGCCCUGUCAGUCUUCUUACUGCUACUGUCAGGAAGUGCUGGACCGUCUCAUCCAGUGUGGGCUCCUGGUUGCCGAGGAGACCCCAGGCUCCAGGCCAGCCUGUGACACAGGGCGGCAGCGUUUAAGCGCAAAGCUGCUGUGGAAGCCAAGUGGAGACUUUACUGAUAGUGACAGUGAUGACUUCGAGGAGGCUGAGGGCCGGUUCUUCAGGCUCAGUCAGCAGUCACGCUGCCCUGACUUCUUCCUCUUCCUCUGCCGCCUGCUUAGGCCGCUGCUCAAGGCCUUUGCACAGGCUGCCACCUUCCUCCACCAGGGACAGCUGCCUGAUACAGGUGAGGCCCAUGUUUCCCUGGCUCUCCACAGAGGGAGGGGGGAGAGCUCAGGGCAGAGGCUGUGCAGGGGCCCCAGGGGCCUAGGUUUUUCUCUCCCACAGAGUCGGGCUACGCUGAGCAGCUGUUCCAGUUCUUGCAGGCCACUGCCCAGGAGGAAGGGUUCUUUGAGUGCGCAGACCCAAAUCUUGCCAUCAGUGCUAUUUGGACCUUCAGAGACCUGGGGGUGCUGCAGCAGACGCCCAGCCCUGCAGGCCCCAUGCUCUACCUGUCCCCUGCGUUCACCAGCUGGGAAAAUCAGGAGAAGCUGGAACAGUUCAUCCGGCAGUUCAUUUGUAGCUAGAACUGUGGGAUGGAGUGCCUGCUGAGAUUCUCAGCCCCAGAUCAUAGCCAUGCGCUGGAGCCAGAAGACUGGAAGGGAGGCUGUACACCCUUACCCGAACUGUAUAUAAAACCUUUUCUCGUUUCA